UCAAUUAGAUUUAGUUGCUUAAUGAUGCUUAAGUGGAUAACGAUAAUUAAGGAUAGAUUAAAAAUUAAAAAAAUAUAUAGUUGGUGAAUAAUUAUAUUAGAGAGGCAGGAGAGCAUUAGGGUAGGACCAUGUUAAUUGGGAAUUGAGAAAUCAAAAGUAGGCCAACGUUGAGUUUGGUAUUGCAAUCGCAAUUGCAAGGCUCAAUUUUUUACUAUUAAGAUUGAAAACAAAUUCACCACAAUCGAGAUUUUCAAUUGAAAUUUUGUAUCUUAUUUAUGUAUUUUUACAAUCACAUUUAGAGAUUGCAAUCAAAGAUAAUUCAAUCGCAAUGCCAAAAACUAGGCUCCAAGUCCGAUGAUUAUUAGUCUAUGAGGCUGCAUUGCUGCAAUACCAACUUUUGUAGAGAAGCCUAAUUGUAGGCCAAAUUCUCAGUUAUUAAAGUACUCUUAGCACUAAACAGUUGCAUAUUAAGCAAACAAUUAAUAAAUCGAUUACAGUGUUAGUUAGCAUUAACCACGGCCUCUAGUAUGCCUGAAAUGUCCUGAAUCCUCACCCUGGAUUGUGGCUGUAAGGAAAGGUAGUCAAUCCAACCGAUUGAAGCUGCCAGGGAUGAAAAUGUUGGCAUUUGAAGCUGCACACCAUCUUUGAAGCUCUGUUUGUGCCUUAAAAGCCUCCUUUCCAUGGAUAUAGCUUCUUCCAAAAGCAGUUUGUGCAAUUAUACCGGCUGUUAACUUUCGAAAUUCUUCGUUGAUCUCUAUAUUUGUACAGUUGUCCUCAGCUAUCUCAGCUUUAUUUCCACUCCUCAAACAUGGAUAGUGAACAUUCUACCAUUUUCUUCAACUUCUUUAUCUGAUCAAGAGAACCCCUAAGGAGAGAGUAUGGCCGUGGCCCUGUGACUCCUCGCUUCUUGAAGCUUUUCGUCAAGGCAUAUGGCCUCCAAACAACAAUCUUAAACACUUGACAAAUAUUGGAGACUAGAACAACCGCCAAAGCAAUUUUCAACGCCAAACAUAACCCAUCCUCAGUCUUUUCCUUUGAUUAAUUAAGUUUGGGGUUGGGGAAAAGGUAAGAUUGUCUUGGUAUGAUGUCAGUUGCUAGCUAGUGUUAUGCGGCUGGUUGUUAUAAGAUGUGGUGACCGCCUGAAAGCGUCGAUUGUUUCUAGAAUUUAGUACUCCUUUCAUUCCAUGGAUCAUAUAUUCAUAUGGAUGGAAACGUGGAGGAGAAGAAGGUCACCGCUGAGACAAGAAAAUGGAGCAGACAUGGCUAUAAUGAAGCUGAAAUGCUGACUUGUUUUGAUGGUCAAUCUUUCCUUUUAAAAAAAAAAAAAGCUCUCAUGGUUCUCAGAAAGAUAUAUGGGUAUUGGCAAAAAAAAAAAAGGCCCUAGAAGAUUACAUUUGGGCUUGGACUUUCGUUUAGUACCGGUUCACAAUCAGAACCGCUUUUGGAUAUUUUCUUUUUAAUUUUAAUGAAAAUUUGAGAGGAAAUUGUGAAACUUUUUUUAAAAGGAAAAAAGAGAAGACAAAAACCCUAGUUAAACGAAGCGUUGGGCGGGAGUUUAAUUGAAAUUCGAUUUCCAGUGGCUGGAAAAAAUGGAUUUGAAAUCUGUAAAGGAAUUCAUACGGGAAGACGUAGCCGAUUGGGACGACGAAUUGAUCGCGACGGCCCGAUUCAAAGCGUUUAGCGGUCAAAGAUCCGAUUGGGAACCCAAAUUCCAAUUCUGGAAAGAUUUGAUCGUCAAAAUCUCCCGCCACUUUGGUCUCUUUAUCAUUUCACCUUCCCAGGUUAAAAAUGAGUGGUUUUCUCGAGGAGGCUUGACUCCUUUGUGCAUUGGUCACGUACUGUUUAUAAUGUGUAAUGAAGGUGAAAUAAUCCGAAAUUCGGACUUGGCGGAUCCUUUUAGCGGGAGAAUAUCUCAGUUAUUUUGGAAAGUGAAAGGUUUGUUGAACAGAUCAACAAUGACUGCAGAAAGUAUUCUUCUUGAAGAUCAUGUCGUUGUUACAACAUUAUUGAAGGAGAAAGCUGAUGAGGUAGUUAAGGGUUUGUCUGAAAGUCACUGGACUUCGAAUUGCAUUGUUACGAGGAAAAAAUUUGAGAGCAUGUGCGGAGGACCAGAGGAAUCUUAUGCAGUGUUGAGUUAUUUUUCGGGGUGCGGGAAAGGACAGUAUCUCUCAACCAAGAAGAAGGAAUUAAUUGAGGGCAUAAAAGUUUCCCUUUCAUCAGCAGCUGUUUCCAGUGUCUCAAGUUUAGAUUUUGACACUCUCCACCUGAUUUGGACUCAAGAAAAACUUCAGCAGCAACUUGAUGUAAUUGAUCGACGUUGGGAAAUGUCAAGACAAUCAGCAUUAACUUCUUUGAAGUCUGGGAACAAGAAAUUGGCCCUGAGGCAAGCAAGGGAGAUGAAGUUGGCUACUGUGAAUAGAGAAAAAUGCACCUCACUUCUGAACAGAGUGGAGGAAGUCUUGAGUGUUAUUGCAAAUGCUGAAUCAACAAAAAAAGUGACUGAAGCAAUCCAGAUUGGAGCGCGAGCAAUAAAGGAAAAUAAGAUCAGUGUGGAAGAAGUUCAACUCUGUUUAGAAGAGCUUGAUGAGAGCAUUGAUUCGCAAAAGCAAGUUGAAAAGGCCCUAGAAUCAGCUCCGUACCUGGAUGUUGAGGAUGAAGAUAUUGAAGAGGAAUUCGGAAAACUGGAGCUGGAAGUUGGAAGUGAAAACCUUAAAGAUCUGAUCCCUGAAGCUGGUCUCAGUGGUACAGCUGGAUCAAAUGAAUCAUUGGCUGAUGCUCUGUCAAACCUAAAACUAGUGGAUGCUCCAACCAAGGGAUCAGCAAUUCAAAACUCUGGGAUACCAGCUAAGAACAAGGAAUCAAAGAGCCUGAUUCUUGAAGCUGCAUAAAUACAAAUCCUGUUUUGAAUAUGACCAUAUUGUGAUAACCAUCACUGAGAUAAUGAAUACUGGUUUACUAGUCAUUCAUUUGAGCAGUUGGCUUCUUUGUACAUAUAAAUAUAUUUGUAAUGCAGAAUAUGUACAUGGAAUGAUGCUUUUGAACUUGUAUCUGAUACUAUGCCCAUUGUCCACCGCCC